AUGGCCAGCACCACGUCCGCCUCGAGGCUGCAAACUUUCACGGAAGAAUGGCUUCCCGGCUGGGACGGCCUCAACUUCUACACACGCACGUACACGCCGGCUGACGGCGCUCCACGAGCGGUCGUGCUCUUUGUUCAUGGCUUUGCCGAGUACAUCGGCCGCUACGAGUGGGCGCACGGCGUGUACGCCACGCGCGGCAUCGCGGUCGUCGCCUUCGACCAACGCGGCUUUGGUCUCACUGCGAUGGGCGAUAGCGCCCACGUGAGCAAGGCGAGCAAGUACGGGAAGACGAGCUGGCGCAACCAGUUUGCAGAUAUCGACUGGUGGCUCCGCCACGUCCGCGAUAGAUUCCCCGGCGUGCCUGUGUUCCUGAUGGGCCAUUCGAUGGGAGGUGGCCUCUCACUUGGCUUCGCGACCCGCACCAGUCCGCCCCCAGCGCCGGACGGCGUGGCACAUCUUUCGGGUGUUAUUGCCUCAAGUCCUCUCAUCUUGCUCACUCAUCCCAGCAGUCGCAUCCUGCGCUUUUUGGGGUGGUUAGCUUCAUUUGUCCUGCCUUCCUUCGUGAUUCCUGCCCCUGUCAACCCCGACCACCUCUCUCAUGACCUAGCUAUAAACGCCGCAAAUGCCAAGGAUCCUUUAUGUCCCCAGAGCGGUUCUGUCAAAGGCGUCAACGAUAUGCUCAACGGCGGGGAGGAACUUUUCCGGAAUUCGUACAAGAAUUGGCCAAAGGAGCUACCUCUUUACAUGGUGCAUGGUACCGGCGACGAGGUAACGUCUUGUAAAGCUUCCGAGGAAUUCUGCGAGAAGGUUGUCGCAGAUGAUAAGACUUUUGUUCCUGUAGAGGGAGGAUUCCAUGAACUAGCCAACGAAACCCCAGGGGGCAUGAAAGACAGAUAUGUUGACGGCUGCAUUGCCUGGAUUCUGGAGCACGUCGAGACCACGCCACUCACUCAACUCUGA